AUGUCUUCCGCGAUCGUCCUCCCCGACCUCCCGCACUACGUGCAGCAGCGCGUCAGCGCAAUUUACGGCGCGAAGACCGCAGAGGCGUUCGACAGUGCCUUCGACGCGUUCGUGUCGCAGCACGCGACGAUUCGUGUAAACGGUGCCGAGAUGUCGCGCGCGGACUACAAGGCGCUCCUCCAGGGCCAGACCGCUGCGGACACCAGCGAGGGCAUCGCCGGGAUCGUCACCGUCAACAACGUCGUCUCCGUCCCCUCGAAGAGCAAGGACUUGAACGCCAUCGGGACCGGGUCCGUCGGCAUGUCGUUCGACGCGGAGGUCUUUGGCCGGUUCUUCAUCUUCGCAGAGCGCCAGUCCAGCACGGUCGCGUCUUCGCUCAAUGUCGUGUACGUACUGCGUCGCGUUCUUCUUCCGGCUCGGCUCGCUCACGCUCGUGCACAGCGUGACCAAGGACGUCUCGCCCCCGCCGAACCCUACUGGCGUCCGCGGCGGCGCGUUCGACGGGCGCAGGGCCACUGUCAUUGA